UCGGCAGACCUGGGGAGGGGGGUGUGUGUCAUUAACCCAACGGGGCAGCCCUCAGAGCUGCUUCUAGACCCAUUUAACAGAUGGGGAAACUGAGGCACGGCUGGAGGCCGCCUGCGGCGGGGCUGCCCGGCGUCCGGCGAUGCUGCGGGCGUGCGGCAGCCGGCGUCGCGGGUCGCGGUGGGCGUGCGGCCGGCUCUGCCGGGGUUGCGCCGCCGGCUGCCCUUUAUGGUAAGUUCACAGACGCAGGAAGCCGAAGCCCGCGCCGGAUUGAGCGUAGGAAACAGAAGAACUCGACCGCACGUCACAUGCUGAGACGACACGACCCGGCGUGACAGCAGCGCUGCGGUGGGGCAGGGGUGUGCAGCCGGGACGGGACCCCCCCGGAGCUGCGGGGCAGGGUGGGGGACGGUGGCGGAGGGGCAACGCGGGAGGAUGCUGGUGGCUGGAAGAUGGAGGAGGCGGUGGUGAAGCAGGGUGUGCUCUACCUCCAGCUGCAGCAGACCUUCGGGAAGAAAUGGAGGAAGUUCUGGGGUGUCUUAUACCGGGAAAGCUCCUGUUCCACCGCCCGCCUGGAGCUCUUCGAGGGCUCGGCACCGCCGGCCGCCGAGAAGCUGCGGAAAGGCGAGGGCAGCAAGCGGCUGGUCAAGCUGAGCGACUGCGUGCACGUGGCGGAGGCGAGCGGCGAUGCCGGCUGCCCCAAGGAGACCGUCCCUUUCCUGCUGGAGACCACCGACAAGCGGUACCUCCUGGCUGCUGAGGGCACCGAGGCGGCCGACUGGAUCCAGAAGCUCUGCGAGCUGGCCUUCCCGAGGAGCAGGGAGGAGCAGGCAGCAGGCAAGGAUGGUCAGCAGAGCUCGCUGGGCACCGACGGCGAGUUCUCCAUGGAGGAAAACUCCCUCUACAGCUCCCGAGGCAAAGCCGGCUUGGAGCAGGCGUUCGAGGUGACGGUGAGGGCCACCGAGUCCUCCGAGCGCUGCCGGCUCUGGGGCCGGUGCAUCCUGCGAGCCGGCGAGGAGGCACUGGAGCUGCAGCAUUUCCAGACCUUGGAGAUCCUCUACAGCUGGCCCUACCACUUCCUGCGACGCUUCGGACGGGAUAAGGUGACCUUCUCCUUCGAGGCCGGCCGGCGCUGCGCAUCCGGAGAAGGCAACUUUGAGUUUGAGACCAGGCAAGGCAACGAGAUCUUCCAGGCGAUCGAGUCGGCCAUCAACAGGCAUCGGUGCCGGGGGGCCGAGGAGCUGCGGCGGGGCGGCCCCGGGGACGAUGCCUCCCGGCCGCUCGGCCACGCCAAGAUGCCCAGCUGGGCGCAGGGGCACGAGGAGCCCGGCGGCACCAAGUCCUCCUCGCUGGAGCCCACCUGGGAGGGGAAGGUACCAAAAGCCAAGCUGGCGAUGUCCCCCGGCAGCUGCUCUGGGGCCGGGGAGCCGUUGGGUGCCUUCCUGCCCUCCCGCGGUGCCGACUGCUCCUACGCCGAGCCCUGCAACUCCCUCCGCCGGGGGAACCCCCCGGUGCUGGAGAAGAGCCGGAGGCAGGAUGCUCCGGCCAAGGAGGCGGCCGAAUCCGAGUAUGCCAUCCCUUUCGACACCAUCGCCAAGACCUUUGUGGCUCGCAAGUUCGGCAAGCUGGUCCAUCACCCCGGGGAGGUCCCCGACCCUUUCUACAACAGCAUCAGGGAGGCAGGGGGGCAAGUGGGCAAGCAGCCCCCGCGGCUCCCCACCGUCGCCAAACCCGACCACAUCUACGACGAGCCCGAGGGUCUGUCCACCCACAUCGUCUACGACGAGCCCGAGGAGGUGAAGGGGGAGGCGUGGAGGCUGCAGGCGGCCCCGGAGGAGCCCACCGGGCACGAGUACCCCUUCUACAACCCGCAGCAGGAUGACUACGCCGUGCCCAAGAGACCCGUCCCUCUCCGGCAACCCUUCCUCCUGCAGGGCAAGGAGUGGCUGGGGGACACCGAGUACGACAACGUGGCCCUCAAAUUUGCAAAGAAGAGGAACCUGCAGUGAGUGGGAUGGGGAAGGAGAAGAGAAAACCCUCCCUCCCCGUCCCGCGGCUGGCGGAUCUCCCCCCCGUCCCCUCCCCUAGCAAAGCUGAGACCCCCCCCCAGCUCAGCGCACCCAUGGCUGGAGGAGACGGAGCGAAGCUCUCCCCUCCAUCCCGGGCAUCCCUCCGGAGCGGCCGGGCAAACAUCUGGCCAGCUGCGGGACCGGCAGCCGGGAUGCGCCCGCUGGAGGGCACUGUGCGCCCGCCGGACGGGCAGGGCAGGGCAGGCAGCGAUCGGGCAGGGGUCGUGUCCGUGUCCCCGUCCCCCCGCAGCCCCCAUCCGCUCGCAUCCCGCAGCCUCAGGGUCAGCACCUUGCACCCUGCUCCUGCGGAGCAGACCCCAAGCCCCCCUGCUCCUCACCCGGUCAAACUACGGGAACCUCAGCUUUGCAGGCUGCGGAACCCUCACGCGCAUCCCUAGGGAUGCGCAUCCCUAGGGAUGCACGUCCCUACAUCCCUAGGGAUGCACGGCCCACACCGUAGGGGCAGCUGGAUAAUGCACAGCCCCGGGAUGCCGAGCCCAUGCUGCUGGCGAGGCACAUCCCCGGGGAUGCACAGCCCGUACCGUGAACGCAGCCGGAUGAUGCUCAGCCCCGGGAUGCUCAGCCCACGCUGCAAGGGCCGGCUGGCGAUGCACACCCCCGGGGUUGCACACCCCACGCCUCGAAGGCAAGCGGACGAUGCACAGCUCGCGCAGCAAACGCACCCCACCUGCAGAUUUCUCUUUGCCCGCUCAGCCCUUGCCGAGUUGGCACCGUGGCCACACGCAGCCCCCAGCCCCCCCGCCCCGCGACGUCCCUGUUCUCAGUCCCCGCCACCAGCCAGCAUUGUGGCCAGGGCUGGGCACCGUGCCUGUCCGAAGGUCAUGCCACAUCCUCGCUCAGCAAGAACAGUGGCAUAAAUUUCUACUGUCUCAGCCGUGUUUUUAUUUUUAAUUUUUUUUUUUUUUUUAUAAAACCACUUUCCAGCUCCUCUGAAUUAUAGAUGAAAUACUCAGCUUUAUUGUCAUGGUGAUUUUCGUGGCUGGCUCCUCUCCUCCCAGUACAACGAGACCAGUAUGCAGCCUGACACAGCCUGACUCGCUCUGGGUCAGCCUGCUCCUCCUCCUCCUCCUCCCAGUCACCUCCAGCCCUGCACAGCCCUUGCUAGGGCACAUCCAGCCCCUCAGCUGGGCACGACGAGAGGCGCCAACCCCAAUUCCCCAUCGGCUGAUGGUCCCCCGGCACAGAACGGUCUGCCCGGGCUGCCCCAGGCUCCGUCGGUGCCCAUCACCCCACACAGGCCAUCUGCGGUGCACACCAGCUCUGUCACCGCAACGGAGGGACCUUGGGAGCUGCUGCUGGUCCCCCACCACCCCAGCAGGUCUGCCACCAAAGGCAAAGAAAAGGCAUGAAUUAUUUAUAGUCUCUUUCAAUCAAAUAAAUGCUUAGGUGCUUGAGUUAA